AUGGCGAAACAAAACUAUUCUGAGGAAGAGAUUAGGCUUAUUCUUGAACAAUCUGAUGAUGAAGGGCAAGGACAGGUUCAAGAAACACAAGAUAUCGACGGCUCUGAUGUUGAAGGUGAACUUGAGGCUGUAGAGGUAAAUGAGUAUGACAGUGGCUCAGAAGUUUCAGUAGAGGAUGUAGACACCAUGGAGGUUGAUGAUACAGAGAACGAUUUUGUAUUUUUUAUUGGAAAAGAUGGUGAAACCAUUUGGAGUUCUAAGUCCCCCGUGCAAAAACGUUCAAGAGUACCAGCGAAAAAUAUUAUAAAAUUUACUCCUGGUCCAACUCGAAUUUGCAAAGAUACUCGGAGACCUAUUGAUGCAUUUCUCAAAUUUAUAAACCUAGAUUUGAUUGAUAUUAUUGUCGAAUGUACAAAUACUUUUAUUGCUACAAAAAGAGCACAAGUAAAAUACUCUAGAGAUAGAGAUUGCAAAGACACGUCUCGUGAUGAAAUUAUGGCUGUUUUUGGUAUAUUGUUCCUUAUCGGUGUGAAGCACGGAAAUCGUGCAAACUGUAAAGAAUUGUGGAAAGAUGAUGGAACAGGUAUGUUGAUCACAAGAGCAACAUUUAGUUACAAGCGAUUUCUUUUCUUACUUCGAACAAUCAGGUUUGAUGAUUUGUCUACUAGAGCGAAGAGAGAAAAAACUGACAAACUUGCUGCUAUUAGAUGUGUAUACAAAAUAUUUUUGGACAACUGUAGAAAUAAUUAUAGCCUUAGCGAGUUCACAACAAUUGAUGAGAUGUUAUUCGCAUUUAGAGGACGAUGUGGUUUCGUUCAAUAUAUGCCGCAAAAACCAGCCAAAUACGGACUGAAAUUUUAUGGGCUGUGUGAUAGUAAAACUUUUUAUACAUCAAAUUUUGAAGUGUACUGUGGAAAACAGAGGCCAGGACCUUACGAUGUAUCUAAUAAACCCUACGAUAUUGUUCAAAGACUUUCCCAAAAUAUUCAACAUUCUAAUAGAAAUAUUACAAUGGACAAUUACUAUACUAGCAUUCCAUUAGCUGAUAACUUAAUAAAAAAUGGAUUAACUAUGAUUGGAACUCUCAAAGCCAACAAAAGAGAGAUACCUCCUCAAUUUGUAACGAAGUCACGAGAAAUUGGUUCAUGCUUAUAUGGAUUUCAAUACGAUAAAAUACUUGCCUCUAUCCAAACCAAACGAAAAAAAUGUGUCUUGCUUUUAUCAACAAUGCAUGACUGCGAAGGUAUUGAUGAAAAGACCGGUAAACCAGUGAUAAAUAUCAACUACAAUGCUACUAAAGGAGGUGUAGAUACGGUGGAUAAGAUGUGCGCUGCGUACUCAACUGCACGGCAAACACGGAGAUGGCCCCUAAGAAUUUUUUUUAGUUUUUUAGAUUUGGCUGGUAUAAAUUCUCAGGUAGUAUUUUACCAUAAUAACCUAUCCACUAAACGUCGCCGUGAAUUCCUAAGUGACUUAGGGUUUGAACUUUUAGAGACUCAUUUGAAAAUAAGAGCUCAGAUAAACACUCUUCCUAAAGACAUCAAAAUAUUUCUGGACAAAUAUCAUCACCAACCUCAAACAAUAAGUGCUACAGAAACAGAUAAAAAAUCUGGACCUUGUCACAUCUGUGGCGGAAAAAAGUGCAAUCGUACAACGGUCAGAUGUUGUAACUGCGAACAAUUUGUUUGUAAGAAACAUUCCAGACACGUUGCAACAUGUGAUAAUUGUACNUUAAUCUCAUUUUCCUAG